CGCAUUCGCACUGCUCCUCCGACUUUUUGAGUUUUGAGGUUCUUUUUCCACGUGCUUCGUAAACUAUAACUUUUAAAAGUUACUUUUACUAUCAAGAAAUUAGAUUUCAUCCUAUUACUAUCUACUGUAGGUUGUAGUUUUCUAUAACCUUAGCCAUGGUAUCCACUGAUGUUGCCAAAAAGGCAGGUUUACCAGCCGGAGAGUACAAGAUUGUAGCCUGGGACUUGGACACAACCGGACGCAGGCUGAUAGACGAGUUCUGUCAUGUCGCCGGUUACACUCCGGACAGCAAGUUCUCACAGUACGUAAUGCCCUACAGAGAUCUAGACUUGAUCUCAAAGAGAAGGCACCAAGUUAGAACAGUGACAGUGGGCAGAUAUCGUAUGCUGAAGGAUCUUAAGACUGGAAAGUUUUUGAAAACGAAGAGUGAAAUUUCUGCUUUGGUUGAUUUUUUACAAUGGUUAGAAAAAACCAAAGCUGAAGGUGGCCCGGGCAUCAUUCUACUGAACUACGAGACCUACAAACUUGCCCCUUCUCUUCUGUUGGAAGCCCUGAAAAAAUAUCAACUACUGGACAGGUUCAGAGAAGUAGUCAAAGGUUUUGGUGAUUGCUACGCUUUUGUCAAACAAAAGUGCGAAGCGACUCUCAAUUCUUUUUCUCUCAAGGUUGUGUCCAAAGUUCUGCUAGACAGAGAUGAUGAGACCUCCACAGCGUUAGAAAGGGCAAAGUUAGCUUACGAGAUCGUACAACACCUGACGGCCGGAGAGAGCGCAGGAGAGGAGGAUGCAGCUGGACUUAAGAUCAUGGUGGAGGCCAUCAGGGAACACACAAGCACCAUAGACGAGGAGCUGCAGGUCAUUGAGGACAUGAAGGUCGUACUACAGAGACAGAACACACUAAGACCAGUAUUUGCGCCAAUAAUGCGCAAAGGCAUACAGGAACGCAAGAGUGCCUCUGCACUGAGGAGACUGCUGACUGGCGCACUGCUGGACUAUGACACUCUCAUGGCUCUGUGGGCUGAGGGCAGGGAGAAAUUUGAAGAAACCGUCACUAGCAAGUUGAGCGAAGCAAGUGAAGAACAAAGGAAGGAGCUUGUGAAGCUACUGUCUGACCACUUCGACCCCGACGUUACUCAGCCGGAGGAGGAGAAAAAGCCGAGGAAUCCAAGGAAAGGCACAAGAAAAAGCCACAGGGAGAGCAACGCCAAAGACAAGGAACCUGCGACCAGCUCGGACAUUCCAUCAACACCGGACACGACCGCGUCAAACACCGAGCCUUCGUCACCAUCUAAGAGUAACGGGUUGACAACACCUCAGGACGACUCUCCUAAACACGAGGCGGCCGCUAACGGAGCCAAGUAAUCCUCCGAUAAAAACUCAUCCAAUGCUCACUUUAUAUGUAUUAUUAUUGAAAUUCAUUUUUAAGCAACAUGAUUGCUUAGUUGACAUAAAUUGGUUUUUACAUGCCUCCAAUAUGGAUUUUCUGAAGGAGGUGUGUAACAAUCAACUUAUGUCUAAUUGUAUAUAAGAAUUAUUGGUUUUUAUUAACAAGAAAUCUUUUGUUUUUAGAAGGCUUAAAAUUUAGUUUUUUCAUGUUAAGUGCCAUCGAUUAGAUAUAUCACUGAGCUUAGAAUUUUGAUAACUUUCAAUGUAACCUUUGUAAAAUCCAGUCGAGAGUGCCUUUCCUUAAAAUUAUUUUGAGAAGACUUAUUUUGCUUACUGUUUUAUAAGAUUACUGAAAAGUAGAUGAGUUUUUUGCUGGUUAAAAAGUACAAUUUAAGUUGUAAAGUGUAACUUAACGUGUGUGAUAUAUUAUGUGAAUAUAAUAUAAAUUAUUUAAGUUUGUAAUUAAUGAACCUUUGUUAUGUUUGUACUUAAAUAUUGUAAUAUGUUUAUCUUAACAGACUAGUUUUUUUACGUUGUUAUUAAGCACUCUUGUUUAAAACCUCAUCCCCAGUUGCCGCUUUUGAAUAAUUUUCUGAUUUAAAUUUCAGUACAAAACAUCUUGUACAUUCCUUACACAUGGCUAGCAAUGUAUAGCACAUGCAUUUGAAUUGUUUUUUUGAAGUUUAUAUAAUUUUGUAUGUGUUGCAAUCUUUAUACUAAGGAAAAUCUCUUAAAAAGUUGUUUUAUUUUCUUUGACUAUCUUUGUUAACUUAAAGCUACUCUAAGGCAUUUAGUUCUGUUUUAUGACAUUUAACUGCAUUUUGUUUCUUAUUAAUAAUAAAUACUGUUUCAAUUGUAUAAACAAUUAUAAUUCUCAAGA